ACUUUUUACAUUUUCUCUCGGCUCUGAGCUGAAAGUGUGUGUGUGUGUGUGUGAAUGUUUGCGUAUGCUUUCUGGCCUAAAGAACCAUGAGAUUAAACACAGAAGAAGAAGAAGGUCAACCACCUCACAACUAAAGCUGCAGAUUGUGCUCUCAAGAUUUGAAGAACAUCUUGGACUUUCAAUCCGAGUGUGUGUGUGUGUGUGUGUGUGUGUGUAUGUGUGAGAGAGAGAGAUCAUGUCUCAGAGCUGUCGGUUGCUGUGUGGUUUCUUCAUGAGCUGCACAGGAUGGAUCUGUUUGAUCAUCGCCACCUUCACUAACGACUGGGUGAUGACCUGCAGCUUCGGCCUGCAGACCUGCAUCAAGAUGGACGAGCUCCAUUCCAAAGGCUUAUGGGCCGAGUGUGUGAUUUCUCCUUCGCUGUAUCACUGUGCACCUCUCAACCAGAUCCUCAGUUUACCUGCGUACAUCCAGACGUCUCGGGCACUCAUGGUGUCUGCUUCACUCCUCGGGCUCCCGGCGGUGCUGAUGGGGCUCUUGGCCACGCCCUGCGUCAGGUUGGGUGAUGAGAGUGAUGGAACCAAACGUAAGCGUGCUCUGUUUGGAGGAAUCCUCACUCUGAUCAUGUCAGUGUGUGGUUUGGUGUCGACUGUGUGGUUCCCGAUCGGAGCUCACCAGGACGAGGGCCUGCUUUCGUUUGGGUUUUCUCUUUACGCCGGAUGGGUGGCUUCUGCGCUGUGUUUCCUCGGGGGGGCAGUUCUGACCUGCUGCUCCGGAGAAGAUGAUGAUCCUGUUCAACAUCCUGAAAAUCGUUACUACUACUCCAAACAGCACGGACUCUCCGACUCGGUCCAGACCACAAACAGUCACGCCAAGAGCGCACAUGUCUGAAAGAGGAGACUGGAACGGACUUCAAACAUAGAGGAAUGGUUUAUUGCUCUUAUUAUCUCUCUGUCUUUCACACACACACACACACACACACACACACACACACACACACACACAGAAGCAUGUGGGAUUUUCCACCUUAAAACACAAACACAACUUCUACUCACUUUUGAUUCCAGUCUGGACGAGUCUCCGCUCAGCAUGGACCUACAAAACCAGGCCAAGAGAAAAAAAACCCUGUUGUAAUGCGUUCUCUUUGUUCUUUUUCUUUUAAGUUGUUUUCAGGAACGCUGGAAUUUUUCUUUUAUUCCUAAUUCAUCUCAGUCUGCCCUCAAUCAUCUGCUCUGCUUACAAAACCUAGCGUUUUUAAAAGAAAUAAAACCCCAGAGUUCAUAUGACACACAGACGGCAGACAGGCAGGAAGCCAGAGGUGCAGAAAGGCCAGGUGUCUCCUCCAUGUUUUUUCCUGCAAAACUCUUCACUCUUUCCUGCUCAGGUUCCCUCAGGAAAUCUGCAGAUGCAAAGCCAGGACACCUUCAAUGGUCACAGAUCAGAAGAUUUCCUUGCGUCAUUCCCUCGUGUGGUUCGUUAAUGACGUUUCUUCCGUGUUUUAUUGAUUCUUUCUUUCACUUUGUUGCUCUCGCAGGAGGUUUAAAUACGAAACGCAAUUCUGAAAGCUGUUAAAAUGAAGACAAUAGACGUGUGUUUGGAUGUUGAAUGCUGUGAACGGAUCAGUCAUCAGGUGAUCAGUGACCUCAUGUGAUUAGACAUUUACACCGAUCAGGUAGAACAUCAUGAGCACCUCCCUAAUAUUGUGUUGGUCCCAUUUAGUUGCUAAAAGCUGAGAGCUUCAGUGUUGGAGAUGCUCUGACCCAGACGUCUAGACGUCACAAUUUGUCAAACUCGUUUAAAUACUUUCGCCCAUUUUUCCUGCUUCUAACAUCAACUUUGAGGACAAAAUGUUCACCUGCUGCCUGAUAAAUAAAUCCACCCACUAACAGGAGCCAUGAUGAAGAUCAUCAGUGUUCUUCACUUCACCACUAAAACACUAUUCAUGUUAUAAUGUUGAUGUUAUACCUGGUCAGUGUACUUCUUAUACUCACUGAAUACACUUUCUGUAAAAUAUCACGUAUUCACAGGUACAUGUUCUAUAAACACACUCAUAUUCUAAUCAGUUCAGCAUGUUUUUAUUUGUCUGGCUGGGAGAAGACGUUCACUCACAUGCAGUGUCUGGAGUCUGGAGUUUUAUGCUGAAAUAGAAAUAUUUUUGUGCACAUUUAAACAGCAGUAAAAAGUCAAAGCCUUCAAAUAAAUGAUUUAAUAUCA